UAGAUGUCGUGCCAGAUAUUCUACAGAGCACGCUUAAUUGAAUAUCAGAGCUGUGGAAUCGGAUUGAAACGCUGUUUUUGAUUGACAAACAAGUUACAAGCCACCCUUUUGCCAUUCUUGCUUUGUUUGUUUAUUUAUGGCGAACGGUGUCGAGACCAGCGGCAGCAGCUCGACAGAAGAUGAGAAACAAUCUGCGAUAGCACGUACAGAUGCGUCGCCCGAAGAUUCAAAGCAUGAAGAGAAAUCGGGAAUAGCCUCACGUCAGAACGACGACGACGAUCAUGCAGAACUUCCAGCUGAACCGCCAACUGAGCAGCCCGCCCCCGCGGGGGAGGAUUACAGCAUCUUGAAGCCUGCACAGAAGAAAGCGAUUGUUCUCACUGCAUCGUUGGCUUCUCUCUUCUCGCCGAUGGCUACCGCAAUAUACUAUCCCUCGUUGAAUACAAUUGCAAACGAUCUCAAUGUGACGAACUCCAAAAUCAACAUCACCGUUACUGUGUUCCUGGUCAUCCAGGGGCUCGCCCCUGCUUUUAUAGCGGACAUGGCUGAUCGCUCGGGUCGGAGGCCAAUGUACAUAGUCUGCUAUGUUAUCUUCACGGGCGCAAACAUUGGACUGGCACUUCAAGACAGCUACGCCGCGCUUCUCGUCCUGCGAAUGCUGCAAGCCGCUGGCUCGUCGGGCACCGUGGCUCUCUCCAAUGGAGUUGUAGGGGACAUGAUCACGUCCGCCGAGCGUGGGACUUAUAUUGCCUGGGCUUCCCUAGGAGGUAUCCUCGGCCCGAUGAUCUCUCCUAUCUUGGGUGGUCUCAUUGGACAGUAUGCUGGAUGGCAUUGGGUGUUCUGGUUCCUCCUCAUCUUCUCCUCUGCCGUCUUCAUCCCGCUCAUCCUCUUCAUGCCGGAGACUUGUCGGAAUGUCGUUGACAAUGGCUCCAUCCCACCACCUAUCUGGUCAACGAACAUUUCCGACAAAAUACGGCACAGGAACAGAGCCCGGGCGGGAUUUACUGUAGACGAGACUAAGCGUGACGAGCUUCAGAAAAAGAAUAGAUUUCGGGUCCCAAAUCCUCUUUCGACCUUGAAGGUUCUGCUGGAUCUUGAGAGCGCUGUUAUCCUCAUCGCUACUGGAUUGGGAACGGGUUGCUUCUACGCUGUCGGUACUGGCGCAUCAGAUGCUUUCGCUAAGCAUUACCAUUUCAACCAAGUCCAGAUCUCCUUAAUGUUCAUCCCUGUCGGAGCGGGGAGUCUCGUAUCAGCCUUCACAGCCGGCAGACUCAUCGACUGGAACUACCGACGGCACGCCAAGAAGCUCGGGAUGCCCGUGGUGCGCAACCGGCGACAAGACCUCACCAACUUCCCCAUCGAAAAGGCACGGCUCCAAGUCGCCUUCCCGCUCUUCUUCCUCGCCGGCGCCUUCCUCAUCAUCUACGGCUGGCUCCUCGUCGCGAACGUCAACCUCGCGGGCCCCAUCAUCGUGCUCUUCCUCGCCGGCUACGGACUCACGUCCACCUUCCAGAUCAUGAACGUGCUGAUGGUGGACAUCUAUCCCGGCAAGCCCUCCAUCGCCACCGCGGCGAAUAACGUCGUCCGCUGUGAGAUCGGCGCUGUCUUCUCGGCGAUCCUGCUCCCGCUCGUGAACGCCAUCGGAUAUGGUUGGGCAUAUACCUUCCUCGCGCUGCUGUUCAUCGCGUUCGCCCCGAUGCUGUUGAUAAUUAUGAAGAAAGGGCCGAGAUGGCGGAGGGAGAGGAAGGAGAAGGAGGAGAAGGCGAGAGUGGUGAGGCAGGAGAAGGCGGAUCUGCGGGAGUUGAACGCAGCGAAGUAGGAUUGUUUAGUGGCGCGAGAUGGUAUGUAUUCGACCACUGAGGUUUUGUAUACAUGAGAUGGGGGCUUUUCAAUACCUAGAAUAUAGAUGAAUAGAAUAAAGUAAU